AUGGUUGAUUCAAAUCACGAAAUCCAAUCCGAUCCUGUAAACGAUGAACUGUUUCUUGAUUUUUUUAAUUUCGACUUUAAUUUUGAAGACCAAGAUAAGAAGAAAAGGAAAAAGAUUAUUAAUGAAACAUCACAAAAUAAUUUCGAGUAUAUACCUAAACAUGAUUAUGAUGGGUGGUUUCAUACAUUUAUACCAGUCCCAACACUACUUCGCUCAAAAGAAGGACCCUCCCAACUAAAACAAUCAAUUGAGCAUCUUUAUUUUCAUCGAAAAUUUGAAGAAUCUUUGCGUUUGUCACUCGAAUUUAUCGAAUUUAUUGAAAAGUAUAAUGGCCAUUCUAAUGAAAAGGAAUUUGAGCUUCAUAAUCCUAAUAAAUUAAAUAAUACUCGUGAAAUGUUGGAAAUUGCUUCAAGAAGUGCUUUACAAUUAGGUGACGUCAAAUUGGCCGUUAAUUGUAUUUCAAAUGAACCAGGACAUAUGCAAUUGAGAGGGAUUGUUUAUGCAAAAGGGGGUCAUUAUGCAGAUUCAAUUUACUGGUACAUAAAAUAUUUACAAGUCAGAAAUAAUGAUUAUAAGAUAUGGAAGGAAAUGGGUCAUACAUUUCUUUACUGCUAUUGUCAUUCUGCACAACUCGACACAGCAAAUAUCAUGAAAACAAUUCAAGAAAUUUCUCACAAUACACUUACAAUGCAACUUGCUUUGAUUUGUAUUAAUCAUGCAUAUAGACUAAUGUUAAAAACAUCGUGGGCAACUUCAAUAAGUUAUAUAAAUUCGCGUUUUGCUCGCGAGAAACAAGAAAUUGAAGACUUAUCAAGUUAUUUGGAGAAGGGAGGUGUCAAUGUCGAAGAAACAAUGUCAUUAUUGGAUAAUCUAAAAGAAAAUAGGACAAAAGAAAAUAUUAUUGCAGAAAAUGGUUUAGAAGGGUUUGACUUGGAAAUGAUAAGAUGGAUAUUAGUAGAAUCAAAGAUAAGCGUCUAUGAGAUGUAUUUAGUGGAUCAAGAACGAUUAGCAAAGGAUUUGUAA